AUGUCGUUGAUUCACACAGAUACUAUGACGUCGAGAAAUGAUAGGACGAAAUCUGUACGAAACGAGAGCUCGAAUAACCGAGAUUUGCUCGAUAUGAAGACGCUUUUCGUGCGUUCGAUUCCAUUCGAUGCCUCAGACGAAGAGUUGGCGACUUACUUCGCUGAUCUGGCACCAAUCAAGCACGCGGUGAUUGUCAAAGAUGGGGAGAAGAAAUCCAGAGGAUUUGGGUUUGUGAGUUUCGCAGUGGAAGAUGAUACUAAAGAAGCGCUGGAGAAGGCCAGAAAGACCAAGUUCAAGGGCAGACUAUUGCGAGUAGACGUGGCCAAAAGAAGAGACAGGGCGGGGAAUAACAGACCAGAAGCUGUUGUGCGUAGUGUGGAAGAGAGAGAACAACAAAUGCUUGGUGGUAAACCCAAAUUGAUCAUUAGAAAUAUGCCCUGGAGCGUGCGGAACCCAGAUCAACUGAAAAAAAUAUUCAUGCGUUUCGGUACCGUUGUGGAGGCUAAGAUCCCUAAGAAACCAGAUGGAAAGCUGUGCGGCUUUGCUUUUGUGACGAUGAAGAAACUGGCCGCCUGCAAAACGGCCAUCGAGGGAUCCAAGGACUUGAAAAUCGAUGGCAGACAGGUGGCAGUCGAUUUUGCAGUGCAGAAAAACAAGUGGGAAGAGCACCAGCAGGAACAACCAGUGAUUCUGAAGCCAGAACAAGAUGAGGAGGACCAGGAAGACGAGGAGGACCAGGAAGACGAGGAAGACCAAGAAGUCGAGGAAGACGACAACGUCAGCGCUGAAGAUGAGGAUGCAGCUGCUAGUGAGGAUGAAAAUGAAAGCGCUGAAGAUAGCGAGGACGAGGCAGUCGACGCCAUGAGUUCAGACGAUGGAGAAGAGGACCGUGAAGAACGUCCUAAACAGAACAGACAAGAACAAUGGUCGAUUUUCGUUCGUAAUGUGCCCUACGAUGCUACAAAGGAAUCUUUGGAAGAGCACUUUAGCAACUUUGGCCCCGUCAAAUACGCGCUUCCUGUUUUCGACAAAGAAACAGGUCUCGCUAAGGGGUCUGCUUUUGUUGCAUUCAGAGAUCAAAAUGCAUUCGAAGACUGUGUCAAAAAUGCACCAGCCUCUGGCACCACUUCUUUAUUGAUCAGUGACGAUGUCCCAUACAAAUACGUGUACGAAGGCAGAAUCCUGUCUAUUACACCUUCCCUGGACAGAGAAUCAGCGGGUAGAUACGCCGAGAGAAAUGCAUCGAUGCGUAAAGAGACAUUCGGUAAGGCCCCAACUACUAGAGACAAGCGUAAUUUGUACCUGCUUAACGAGGGUAGAAUUACAGAGGGCUCCAAGCUUUCCCAGCUGUUGAGCGCGAAGGAUAUGGAAAUUAGGGACGCCUCGUAUAAGCUCAGAGUGGAACAGCUCAAAAAGAACCCAAGUUUGCAUCUUUCGCUGACCAGAUUGGCUGUCAGAAACCUUCCAAGGGCCAUGACUGACAAAGCUUUGAAGGCGCUUGCGCGUAAGGCUAUCGUUGAGUUCGCAACUGAAGUCACCUUGAAGAAAAGACAUCCAUUGAGUAAGGAAGAAAUUCAAAGAUCGACAAAGGAGAAGUACAAGUUCAUGAGCGAGGACGAAAUCUCAGCGAGGAAGAAGAAAGACAAGAAACAAGGUGUUGUAAGACAAGCCAAAGUUAUCAUGGAAGUGAAAGGCUCUUCCAGUGGUAGAAGUCGUGGUUACGGUUUCGUUGAGUUCAGAGAUCACAAAGCUGCUCUUAUGGGCCUAAGAUGGCUGAAUGCGCAUGAAGUCAAAAUAAAUGAGCUAUUAGAAGGUCUUGAUGAGGAAGAGAAAAAGAAUGUGGAUGUUGAGGGGCUAACCCGCCGGCGUCUGUGUGUUGAAUUUGCCAUUGAAAAUGCUAAUGUGGUUAAGAGAAGACAGGAGGCUCACAAAAAUGCUCAACAGUCCGUCAAGAGGAAGCGUGAGCAACCUGCAAAUGAAAAAGCAGAGGAUAAAUCUAAUGCCCACAAGAAGUCGAAGAAAAACGAUGGCAAAAAGUCUCAAAAAGAUGCCAACGAUAAAUCUGAGAAAUCUGAGAAAUCCGGUGUCGACGAAAAUAUCAAAAGAUUGAUCGGUUUCAAGCGUAAGAGAAAGCAAAGCAAGAAGUGA